GGCUGAUUUGGGUCAGAUCCCACAUGUGGUCUAGUCUGGGCUGAAGUGUUCCAGUCUCCUGAGAUAGGGGGCGCUGUUUCUAAAAUGAGUCUCUCAGAGGAGCCAGAGCGCAAAGGUGGAACCCUCAGCACUGACAGAAAGAGGGUCCAUGUAGAAAGAGCAGGUUCACCUGUACCCAGCUGUCUGUCUAUGAAGAGUGAUCAUUCAAUGGGUCAUCCACCCGACUUCAGAGGAGAGUUCACAGGUGAUCAAAGGGUCCAGGUAGAAAGAGCAGGGUCACCUGUACCCAGCUGUCUGUCGAUGAACAGUGGUUAUUCAAUGGGUCAUCCACCCGAUUUCAGAGGAGAGUUCACAGAUGAUCAAAGGAUCCUGCAGUUACUGGAGUCCAGCUCUUUAGAAGAGAAGAGUUCAGAGAAAUUAUCUCCCCCAAGACAGUCUCUCCUGCACACUCUGGUGGAGCUGAAGAAGAAUGGAGAGUUUAAACUGUUUCAGAGCCAUCUGAGUCAGGACUGCCCAGAAUGCUUUAAGACUUUGUCUGAAGAUCCUUCUGUGCUGGAGAAGUUCAUGAAGAUGAAGGAAUCGCUCAAGAGUCAUCAAAGCCAUGAUUACCCAGAAUGCAGUGAGAGAGAACAUGAGGAUCCUGAGGUCCUGUACAUUGUUGAGAAGAUGCUGGAGACCUGUGGCAGUGAGAGGUCUCUGAAGAUCACACUCCACAUCCUGAGGAACAUGAAGCAGAAGGAUCUCGCUGAUUCACUGGAGAGAGAUGAGCAGCACAAUGAAUCCAUUAAAAGAGCCCAGCAGGAACUGAAAACUCAUCUGAAGAAGAAGUUUGAAUGCAUAUUUGAAGGUUUAGCAGUGCAAGGCCACACAACUCUCCUCAAUGAGAUUUAUACAGAGCUCUACAUCACAGAGGGGGGAAGUGGGGAGGUGAAUCAUGAGCAUGAGGUCAGACAGAUUGAGACAGCGUCCAAGAGACAAACCACCCAGGAGACUCCAAUCCUCUGCAAUGACAUCUUUAAGCCUUUACCUGGACAAGAGAAACGCAUCAGAACUGUGCUUACAAAGGGCAUCGCUGGCAUUGGGAAAACCGUCUCUGUGCAGAAGUUCAUUCUGGACUGGGCAGAAGGAAAAGCCAAUCAGGACGUUGAUUUCAUCUUCACUCUUCCUUUCAGAGAUCUGAAUCUGAAGAAGAAAGGAGCAUUCAGUCUGAUGCAACUUCUGCAGCACUACUUUCCACAACUGAAAGAGAUCAAAAGUGUUGAAGGUGAUGAAGUCAAAGUUGUGUUUAUCUUUGAUGGUCUGGAUGAAUGUCGACUUCCUCUACAUUUCCAAAGCAAUGAGAUCUGCUGUGAUAUAACAGAGUCAUCAUCAGUGGAUGUGCUGCUGACCAACCUCAUUAAGGGGAAUCUGCUUCCCUCUGCUCUCCUCUGGAUCACCUCCCGACCUGCAGCAGCCAAUCAGAUCCCUCCUGAGUGCAUUCACCAGGUGACGGAGAUACAAGGGUUCAAUGACCCACAGAAGGAGGAGUACUUCAGAAAGAGAAUCAGAGAUCAGAAGCAGGCCAGCAGAAUCAUCUCACACAUCCAGUCAUCCAGGAGUCUCGACAUCAUGUGUCACAUACCAGUCUUCUGCUGGAUUUCUGCUACUGUUCUGGAGACAAUUUUGGGUAAAGUAAAGAGAAGAGAUCUGCCCAAAACUCUGACUGAAAUGUACACACACUUCCUGCUCAUUCAGACUAAUGUGAAGAAUCUGAAGUAUCGUGGCUCAAAGAUGUCAGCAUUAAACCCAAAGAUGUCAGCAUCAGAUACAGAAAUCAUCCUGAAACUGGGGCAGCUGGCUUUUGUACAGCUGGAAAAGGGCAAUCUGAUAUUCUAUGAAGAGGACCUGAGAGACAGUGGCAUUAAUGUCAGUGAAGCUUCAGUGUACUCUGGGGUGUGCACAGAGAUCUUUAAAGAGGAGCGUGGGUUGGGUCAGGAGAAGGUCUACUGCUUUGUGCAUCUGAGCAUUCAGGAGUAUGUGGCCGCCUUGUUUGUGUUUCAUUCAUGUGUAAAUGAGAACAGAAACGUGCUCAGAGCAGAAGAAUCAAAACCUCACAGUGGCAGAGUGCAGCUGUCUGAGUUACAUGAGACUGCAGUGGAUCAGGCCUUAACAUGCAGCUGGGCCUGUCUAAGACCUGAUCCACUGCCCUCCUGUGGAACUCAGACUGGUCUACUUGUUUAUUCCUGGUCUCUGCCUGAGUUCCACAGGAUGCUAGUGGAUCAGGUCUUUGACAGCUGGUCCAGUUCUGCGUUCUCACUCUCUGAGUUAAACAGGAGGGCAGUGGAUCAAGCCUUACAGAGUGAGAAUGGACACCUGGACCUUUUCCUCCGAUUCCUUCUCGGCCUCUCUCUGGACUCCGUUCAGCCGCUCUUAGGAGGACUACUGACCCAGACAGGAAGAAGAUCUGAUGGAGCACAAUGGAUAACAAUACCCUUUCAGAGACCACUGACCCAGACAGGAAGAAGAUCUGAUGGAGGACAAUGGAUAACAAAACACUUUCAGAGACUACUGACCCAGACAAGAAGAAUAUCUGAUGGAGGAAAAUGGAUAACAAAACACUUUCAGAGACUACUGACACAGACAGGAAGCAGAUCCUCUGGACUAGACCCACAGACACAGACAGGAAGCAGAUCCCCUGGACUAGACCCACAGACACAGACAGGAAGCAGAUCCCCUGGACUAGACCCACAGACACAGACAGGAAGCAGAUCCCCUGGACUAGACCCACAGACACAGACAGGAAGCAGAUCCCCUGGACUAGACCCACAGACACAGACAGGAAGCAGAUCCCCUGGACUAGACCCACAGACACAGACAGAAAGCAGAUCAGAGAGCAUCAAGAAAACAGUCCAGUACAUUAAAGAGAAGAUCAUAGAUGAAUCUUCCGCAGAGAGGACCAUCAAUCUGUUCCACUGUCUGAAUGAACUGAAUGACAACUCUGCAGUGGAGGAAAUCCAGAAUACCCUGAGAUCAGGAAAUCUUUCUGAUAAUGAGCUGGAACUCCACCAAUGUUCAGCUCUGGCCUUUGUGUUACUGAUGUCAGAGGAGAUCCUGGAGGAGUUUGACUUGAAGACCUACAACACAUCUGAAGCAGGUUGUCACAGACUGCUACCAGUAGUCAGGAACAGCAGGAAGGCCAUACUGAACAAUUGUGACCUAAGUGAGGAGUCCUGUGAAAUUGUGGCCUCAGCUCUCCAGUCAUCAAACUCACACCUGAGAGAUCUGGACCUCAGCUACAAUAACCUGGGAGAUUCAGCAGUGAAGCUGCUCUGUGCUGGACUGAUGAGUCCACACUGUAAACUACAGAGACUGGGACUGAACAGCUGUGACCUAAGUGAGGAGUCCUGUGAAAUUGUGGCCUCAGCUCUCCAGUCAUCAAACUCACCCCUGAGAGAUCUGGACCUCAGCUACAAUAACCUGGAAAUAUCAGGAGUGAAGCUGCUCUGUGCUGGACUGAUGGGUCCACACUGUAAACUACAGAGACUGGACCUCAGCUACAAUAUCCUGGGAUAUUCAGGAGUGAAGCUGCUCUGUGCUGGACUGAUGAGUCCACACUGUAAACUACAGAGACUGGGUCUGAAAAGCUGUGACCUAAGUGAGGAGUCCGGUGAAAUAUUGGCCUCAGCUCUCCAGUCAUCAAACUCACCCCUGAGAGAUCUGGACCUCAGCAACAAUAACCUGGGAGAUUCAGGAGUGAAGCUGCUCUGUGCUGGACUGAUGAGUCCACACUGUAAACUACAGAGACUGGACCUCAGCUACAAUAUGCUGGGAGAUUCAGGAGUGAAGCUGCUCUGUGCUGGACUGGUGAGUCCACACUGUAAACUACAGAGACUGGACCUCAGCUACAAUAACCUGGGAGAUUCAGGAGUGAAGCUGCUCUGUGCUGGACUGAUGAGUCCAAACUGUAAACUACAGAGACUGGGGCUGGGUUGGUGUAAUCUCACAGAGGGCUGCUGCGAUGUUCUGGCCUUAGUCUUGCGUUCUCCUCACUCAGAGCUGAGUGAUCUGGAGCUGAGAGACAAUGAGCUGCAGGAUUCAGGAGUGAGAGCGCUCUCUGCUGGACUGGAGGACCCACACUGUAACCUGCAGAGACUGGGGCUGUCAGGCUGUAGAGUCACACAGAGAGGCUGUGAUUAUCUGGCUUCAGCUCUGUGUUCAAACCCCUCACACCUGAGAGAGCUGGACCUGACCUACAAUCACCCAGGAGACUCAGGAGUGAGAGCGCUGUCUGCUGCUAAACUGGACACACUCACACUGCUGUACGUACACACACACACGUACACACACACACACACACACACACACACACACACACACUCAUGCUGUUCUGUUUCUUACAGUGUGGAACAUGGAGGAGAGAACAGGAUCAAACCAGGACCCAGGAAAUACGGCUGUCGGCUCACACUGGAUCCAAACACAGCGCACGGAGAGCUGUGUCUGUCUGAGGGGAACAGGAAGGUGACAUGCACACUGGGGAGAAAGAAGCCAUAUCCUGAUCAUCCAGAGAGAUUUGAGUCUCUGCGCCAGGUUCUGUGCAGAGAGAGUGUGUGUGAGCGCUGUUACUGGGAGGCUGAGUUCAGUGUGUCUAAGGAGGGAGGGGUUUCUAUAGCAGUGACAUAUAAAGGAAUCGGCAGGAAAGGAUGGGGUGCUGAAUGUUGGUUUGGAGGGAAUAAAAACUCCUGGAGUCUGGAGUGCAAUGAACACAGAUACUCUGUCUGUCACAAUAAGAAUCCCACACCCCUACCUGCCCGCCCCUCCCCCUACCACACAGCAGGAGUGUGUGAUGAUGGUGCUGGUGCAGGAGUGUGUGUGUACAGGGUAGGAGUGUGUGUGGACCGUCCGGCUGGCACUCUGUCCUUCUACAGCGUCUCUGACUCUGACACACUGACCCUCCUGCACACACUCCACACACACUUCACUCAACACACACCCCUCUGUGCUGGGUUUACAAUGGGGUGGGACUCCUCAAUGUCCCUCUGCCAACUGGAGUAGACACACACACACAACACACACAUACACAUCCCUCCACCCCACACACACACACACUCACACACACACACACACACCCCUCCACCCCACACAUACACACACAUAACACACACACACACACACACACACACAUAACACACACAAAUACAUUUAUAUUAGUAUAUUUUAAUAAAAUCAUAUUGUAUAUAGUCAUGGUGUGUUCAUAUACAUUG